GCGGGGAUAUCGUAGCCUGGCGGAGCCCAGUCGAGUCCCGUGAGUCCGGGCAAGCACAGCUAUUAAGGUAGUACGUGGUGGUGGUGUAGGCGUCGUCCGGGACUGAGAUUUUGAGCCGCCAUCAAGAAGUAUCUCCACGGUGUGACUGUGCGUUUACGUGUAAUCGUCAGUUCCGCGUGGUACGCAUCAAAACCGGCUCGAUUCGUGGUCGAUUUUAUUGUUUCAGAGAACUAAAAGAGCCUUAUUCUGUUGUACCGCGUGUUAUAAGAGUGUGUAUGUGAGUGUGCGUGUGUCUGAUAAAAAGAAAGGUUAGAAAGAUGUAAAGAGUAAAUGUAGAGAGAUACAGGCGAGAGGGAAUUGAAGGAAAGAGAGAAUGAGAAAGAAAGAAAGAUGGAAUAUAGUCGGUGUGUACUAGUAUGAAUCGAAAGAGCGGCUAUUCGACCGAACCCGGUGAGGAGGAGGCGAGAGCUGUCACUUCGAUCGCCAUUUUAGCGCCGAGGCGGUGAAGAACCACCGGGUAUGCAUGCCGGCAGUGGCGACGAAACGGGGCGCCCUGACACGAUGGAUGGUGGUGCUGUUCGUGGGCUGUGGCUCUUUUAGUGACUUUUCUCGCGAGUGUAUCUUAUUGUGUUUUGGAAGAGACGAAUAUGCGAAACGGUAGAAAAGAGGAAAGGAAAAAGUGGUACGUACAACGAUAGGCUGUCUUUGUGCCGGAACUGAGCAGACACCUCUCCCUUUCGGAUCGACGGACCUGUUUUCCACUUCAUGACGGCGAAAGAAGAAUCAGUGGUGGUGUCACGACGACGUUAGAACCACAUCGCUGGCCUCGUAUAUAAACCCGUGGAAGACUCAACUACAUACGGAGGAAUCGAACAGGCGCGCACGAUGAUUCUGCGCGUCUGAGAAUACCGAAUACACAAGAGAGAGGGAGCAAGAUAGAUAGAUGGAUAGAUAGAUAGCUAGAUAGAUAGAUAGAUAGAUAGAUAGAUAGAUAGAUAGAUAGAUAGAUAGAUAGAUAGAGAUAGAUAGGACAGAUAAAACGUGUGGAAAGAAAUACACGACGAGUUAAGAAUUUGCGUAUGUUUGUAUUUAUCACGUUCGGUAGUGGAUAAAGAAACGAGUGAUAACUGGAAAUCUACGACAAAAAGUGGAAAAGAAAUAUAUCUAAUUGUGAGAGGAACACAAACGAUGUUAUUGUUUCAUGUUAUGCGUUUCUUCAAUCCCUGAUGAUCAGUGCUUGCUCUCAGUGUAAUCGAUUAACUCUCGCGAGUGUCUAUUGAUUAAAUCGUCGACAGAAGAUCAGAGAAGGAAGUGAUAAAAUUUUUUUGAAAGAAAAAGAGAAUUAGAAAAGGAGAACGAGUGAAACGUAAAAAAAGAAAGUUAUAUAAUAAAGAGGAGAAGAUCCAGAGAAAAUAAAAGAAAAAAAACAGAAGAGAAUAGAAAAUUGGUGACGAUUGUGAGUGGUCCGUGGUGCGUGGCGAGAAAGUGUGUGCUCUAAACGGAGCACGUUGCAAAGGAAUAGAAUAUCGAGGACGGGGGGUCCAGAGCGACAUUGGGGGGGCGUGUGAGACUGAUUUUGCCCCCCCUACCCCCUGUCUAUCGUCUAAAACUGUGACUUCAUCGUCGUCAAGUCAAUUUUUCGUCGACGUUACAACGUUGCCGUUUAGGUGUGGGCGAGGCUCGAGGAAGGGCACCUCGCGGAGGAUUCUCGGGCGCAGCGAGGGAGAUCGUAGCACAAGAGUGGAAAUAGGACAGACGAAAGAUGGCGGCGUUCCCGGGGAGGAGGAGGAGUAGCGGCGAGGGGUCGGCGAGGAUGGGAUGGUGGACGGUGUCGCACCAGCAGCAGCUCCGGCUUCUCCUCUCGUUCCUGGUCCUGUUGUCGCCCCGACUCCCCGUCCGCUCGACACCCGCGGACAUAGUGCAAAGGUUCCACGACCCGGAGGUGAAGAGGAUGAACCAUUUGGUGGUGGACAAGAACACGGGGCGGGUGUACGUGGGGGCGGUGAACCGGCUUUACCAGCUCUCGCCCGACCUGAGCGUGGUCGUGAAGGAGGUGACCGGGCCGAAAGGGGACUCGAACGCUUGCUCCAUGAUCGACUGUCCCAGGGAGACCCCGACCCGGCUCGUCGACAACGUGAACAAAGCCCUGGUGAUCGACUACACGACCACCAGGCUCAUCUCGUGCGGCAGCCUGUCCCAGGGCACGUGCAGGGUGCGCAAUCUUCACAACAUCUCGGACGUGGUGCAGGAGGUGAAGGAGGCCGUGGUCGCCAACAACGCGACCGCGUCGACGGUCGCGUUCAUAGCCCCGGGGCCCCCCAACCCCCCCGUCUCCCAGGUGAUGUACGUGGGCGUCACGUUCACCGGCAACUCGCCCUACCGAUCCGAGGUGCCCGCGGUCAGCUCGCGCUCGCUCGACAAGGACAGGAUGCUCAACAUCGCGGAGGCCGCCGUCACGACCGGGACCAGGAUGUACGUCAACUCGUUGUCGCGCGAGAGAUACCCCAUCAACUACGUGUACGGGUUCAGCAGCGGCGGUUUCAGCUACUUCAUGACCACGCAGAUGAAGAACACCGAUACGGCCGUGUUCAUAUCCAAGUUGGUGCGGGUCUGCCACGACGACGAGCAUUACUACUCGUACACCGAGAUCCCGAUCAACUGCACCAACGACGGCACGUACUACAAUCUGGUGCAGGCGGCCUACGUGGGCAAGGCCGGCUCGGUCCUCGCCGGGGAUUUGGGCAUCACCGCCCAGGACGACGUGCUGUUCGCCGUUUUCUCCGAGAGCAACACCACCAGCAGCGACAUACCCAAGAACCAUUCGGCGCUGUGCGUGUACUCGCUCAAGGCCAUCCGAAGGAAGUUCAUGACCAACAUACAGAAGUGCUUCAGCGGCGAGGGGCACAGGGGAUUGGAGUACAUCUCCCCGAGCCACAAGUGCAUCUUAACGAAACUGCAAACGAUCGGCGAGGAUUUCUGCGGUCUGGACGUGAACACGCCUCUUGGGGGCGAGGACCCGAUGGAGGGGACCCCCGUGCUCACUUUCGAUACGCAUCUGACGGCCGUUGCCGCCACCUCGACCGGGGACUACACGGUCGUCUUCGUGGGCACGAACGAGGGUCAUCUGAAAAAGGUCGUGGUGGAGAGCUCGUCCCUGGCCCUGGAAUACGGAGAUCUGGAGAUCGAUCCAGGCUCCCCCGUGAACCCGGAUUUGCUGUUCGACUCGCAGCUGAUGCACCUGUACGUGAUGACGCAGAAAACCGUGUCCAAGGUGAAAGUGCAGGAAUGCUCGGUGUACAAGACCUGCCUGGACUGUCUGGGUGCCAAGGAUCCGUACUGCGGCUGGUGCUCGUUGGAGAACAAAUGCAAUCUGCGCAGCGAUUGCCAGGACGCCGCCAAAGAUCCCCUGUAUUGGAUCUCGUACAAGAGCGGCAGAUGCACGACCAUCACGACCGUCACACCUGAUCAAUUGCAGCGCACGACCGCCAGAACCCUAGAGUUGGUCAUCGAGAACCUGCCAACCCUCUCCGGCCAAUUCCUUUGCGCGUUCUCGACCCUGGACAAGACCCUGAUCACGAACGCCUCGAGGAAAUCUUUCGGGGUGAACUGCACCACGCCUAGGACGGAUCUGUUGCCGUCCAUCCCCCAGGGCCAGCACCACUUCACCGCCAAACUUUCCGUCAGAAUGACGAACGGGCCCGACCUCGUCGACACGAAUUUCACCUUCUUCGAUUGCAACACGUACAGCUCGUGCACAAAGUGCGUGUCAUCGAGUUUCCCCUGCGACUGGUGCGUGGACGGGCACAGGUGCACGCAUGACACAGCUGAGAAUUGCCGGAACGAUAUAUUGGUCACGGGAAUUAGCAGAACUGGUCCGAGCUACAGAAGCGGGCCGGCGUUCUGCCCGACGUUGAACGCGACCGAUUCCCAGGAAAUCUUAGUGUCUUCCGGCGUGAAGAAGGUGAUACGAGUUAAAGUGCACAUCAUCGGGCAAUUCAUCGUGCAGACCCGCUUCGUCUGCCAGUUCAACAUAGAGGGCCGUGUGACGAUCGUGAACGCUCGACUGCUCGCGGACACGAUUUACUGCGAGGAGACCGAGUUCUCGUACACGUCCCGCGCCCCCAACAUCACCGUGCCGUUCGCCGUGAUAUGGGGCGGCUCGAAACCGUUGGACAACCCGCACAACAUACAUCUGGUGAUAUACCGGUGCCGGGACAUGGCCGACAAUUGCGGAAUGUGCCUGACCCUGGCUCCCAAGUACGACUGCGGAUGGUGCCAGAGCACGGACAGAUGCGAGGUGAAGGACAACUGCGAGCGUAACAUCGGCAUGUGGUUGAACAGCAAUCAGACUUGUCCGAACCCCGAGAUACACUCGUUCGAGCCGGUCAUGGGUCCUUGGGAAGGCAACACGAACGUGACGAUACGCGGCAUCAACUUGGGCCAGACGUUCAAGGAUAUUUAUCGUGGCGUGAUGGUGGGUGGAUUACGAUGCCAGCCGUACGAGGAACUGUACAUGCGGACGAAGCAAAUAGUGUGUCGGGUGGACGGUCCAGGUACACCGGAGGGCAAACGGGGACCUGUGAUCGUGAAGAUCGAGGACUUCAGAGGGACGUCCGAGUACAACUUCGAGUUCGUGGAUCCACAGAUCCUCUCGAUAUCGCCGAAGUACGGGCCGAUGAGCGGCGGGACGACGGUUAGGAUCACGGGGAAAUACAUGAACGCCGGUAGCACGAUCAAGGCGUUCAUCGACGAGCUGUCGUGCUCCAUAAUCAGCGCGGAGAUGAACGAGGCGCUUUGCAUGACCAGCGCAAGCGAUCACAAGAGGAACGGAACGGUGAAGAUGACGUUCGAUGGCGCGUUUCGAAUCUACAGCGGGACGUUCGAAUACGCGGACGAUCCGACGAUCGAGAGCGUGGAGAGCGGGGUCGCCGGGCAGAUGAAGAUCCCGAAAGGGAUCCCGGCCGGUGGGAUAAAGAUCUCCGUUACCGGGAAGAAUCUUGGCUACAUACAGAGCCCCCAGAUGUACGUGUACUACGACGAGAAGAUGUUCGUCUCGCAGUGCGAGGUGCACAGCCAAGAGAGCAUGAUCUGUAAAUCACCGACUAUCGAAGUUCCGGACAAUGUUGUCCUGGACGCGGAGAAACCAGCCAUGUUGGAAUACGGUUUCCGUAUGGACAACGUGACGGGCGUACAGAACCUGUCGCAACACGGGUUCAAUCACUUUCUACUCUAUCCGAAUCCGAUCUACGAGGUGUUCGACGAGGAGAUCAAGUAUUACAAGAGCGACUAUCUGACCAUCAAUGGCCAACAUCUAGACCGCGCCUGUCAAGAAUCGGACGUGACGGUGCAAAUAGGAAAUGCGUUCUGCAACGUGACCUCGCUGUCCAGGCAGCAGCUCACUUGCAGGCCACCUUUGACGCAACCGCCUGCCAUCGAUUCCGACGGUUUCCCGAACAAGCAAGAGCUGCCCGAAGUGAUAGUGAUCGUGGGCGGCACGCUUCGUUACAAUAUAGGGAAACUGAGCUACGCACUGCCAGCAGGGCUGAACGGGCCUCUAUCGAAACCGGCCCUGUUCGGCGUGAUCGCCGCCAUAGUAAUCCUAGUAGUCGUGUUCAUCGCCUUUCUUAUCGCGUAUCGGCGCAAGUCCACGGAGAGCAAUCGGGUGUUGAAGAACAUGCAGGAGCAGAUGGACAUUCUGGAGCUUCGAGUCGCGGCCGAGUGCAAGGAGGCGUUCGCCGAAUUGCAAACGGAGAUGACGGACUUGACGGGUGACCUGACCAGUGGAGGGAUACCUUUCUUGGAUUAUCGUACCUACGCCAUGAUGAUACUGUUCCCGAGCGACGACAACAGCCCCGUGUUGCAAUGGGACAGGCCGGAAUUGGCGCGCAAAGAGAAAGGACUGCGUUUGUUUGGACAGUUGAUAAUGAAUAAGACGUUUCUACUACUUUUUGUAAGAACUCUCGAGAGCAAUCGUUACUUCUCGAUGAGGGAUAGGGUGAACGUAGCUAGCCUUAUUAUGGUCACGCUUCAGAGCAAGAUGGAAUAUUGUACGGACAUCCUAAAGACUCUUUUGGCGGAACUGAUAGAGAAAUGUACAGAGGGAAAGAGCCAUCCGAAACUCUUCCUUAGACGAACGGAAAGCGUCGCUGAAAAGAUGUUGUCAGCUUGGUUCACUUUCCUUUUGUACAAAUUCAUGCGAGAAUGCGCCGGCGAGCCGUUGUACGUGCUAUUUCGUGCAGUGAAACAACAAGUCGAUAAGGGUCCAGUCGAUGCCAUUACAUCCGAAGCGCGAUAUUCAUUGUCGGAAGAGAAACUAAUCAGACAGUCCAUUGAUUUCAAACCAAUGACGGUCUAUGUAUCCAUAUCCCAACAAACGGUCUUCGUCGGUGGUAUGGAUCCAAACACAGAGAACGUUCCAGUCAAGGUUCUCGAUUGUGACACGAUAUCUCAAGUGAAGGAGAAGGCAUUGGACACGAUCUACAGAGCCACGCCUUACAGCCAAAGACCGAGGAAAGAUGAUCUUGAUCUUGAAUGGCGAACUGGGGCAUCCGGCAGAUUGAUCCUCUACGACGAAGACUCGACUACGAAAACGGAAGGCGAAUGGAAGAAGCGGAACACGUUGAAUCAUUACAGGGUACCGGAUGGAGCGUCGCUCAACCUAGUCUCCAAACAAUCGUCCAUCUACAAUCUAUCGAUCCUCUCCGAGAAAACGGACAAAUCGCACAAAUACGAAACCCUGAACCUUAGUAAAUUCAGCUCGGCCAGCCCGCCCCUCUCCCGUGCCACGUCGCCGUUGAAUCAGAAUCACGACGGCGGUUUGAAAUGCUGGCAUCUCGUCAAACACCACGACUCCGAUGCACGGAAGGAAGGAGACCGUGGAAACAAAAUGGUUUCGGAAAUCUAUCUGACGAGGCUACUAGCGACGAAGGGUACCCUUCAAAAAUUCGUGGACGACCUUUUCGAAACAAUCUUUAGCACUGCCCAUCGGGGAUCGGCCCUCCCCCUCGCGAUCAAAUACAUGUUCGAUUUCAUGGACGAUCAAGCGCUGCAACACGGCAUAUCUGAUCCCGAAGUAGUUCAUACAUGGAAGAGUAACUCGCUUCCGCUCAGGUUUUGGGUGAAUCUUAUCAAAAACCCGAACUUUAUCUUCGAUAUACAUAAGUCGAACAUCGUGGACUCGUGUCUGUCUGUCGUCGCGCAAACGUUUAUGGACAGUUGUUCCACCUCGGAUCAUAGAUUAGGUAAGGACUCGCCAAGUUCUAAAUUACUAUAUGCAAAGGACAUUCCAGUGUACAAAGAGUGGGUAGAACGUUAUUAUGCAGAUAUCAAAGUGAUGCCAGCCAUAUCCGAUCAAGACAUGAAUGCCAUGCUUGCCGAAGAGUCUAGGUUACACACGACGGAAUUCAACACGAAUUGUGCCCUUUACGAAUUAUACACGUACGCGGGUAAAUACAACGAACAAUUGAUAGUUACUCUGGAAGAGGAUGAGUUCUCGCAGAAACAGAGAUUGGCAUACAAACUCGAACAAGUACACAAUAUAAUGGCGGCGGAUAACCCCUGAUGUACCAUGAACUCUAUGAAGCAUAUGACAAAGCCCGCCCGCCAAGAGCUACCGUGCUGAAUACUCAAUCAAGCAGUUAGGUACUCUUAAUCAAGCACCAAGAGGACUGGCCUAUGUUGUAAUCGAUCGUCUCAGGUUUCCGUGCAAGCCAGUUAUCUCAGCUUAGUACGCGAAUUAUUAUUAUAAAAAGAAGAAAUUGCACAAUGGACCGCUCGAAAUGCUCGACAGGAGGAGGAGAAGAAUGUUUGAAGAAUGUUUACAAGGAUUGAAGUGUUUGUGACAAAGUCUUCUGAAUUUGGUCGCUGGAUACCAGGUGUGGCGAAUAAUCGCACAGCGCAUUGUCAUACGAUUGUACAUAAAAUACCAAAAUCACGAUUAAUUGUAAUAGAAUUAUCGACGUGCACCCACACCUUCUGGCGGCCGCGAUCAACGCAAAAAAUGAAAAACUGAUAAAUUUCGCGCGCUAUGAUAUCGUCGUGGCGUCGAUUGAUACGCCACGUCCGGCGGAUAGGAUUUUUAAAACAAACGAAAAUAAUAGAACAUUAGUGUUAUAAGUGAGUGAACGAAUCAGCCGAUCGAUCCGAUAAUUUGUAAAUGUGUUUAAAACGGCCGAUAUUUGCCGCCGCUAUCGGGGAUCGGCGAUUUUUAACGAAGAAACAUUUCCAUCCACCGCUACUAGCUGAAAUUUUUUUGAAUUACGAACUGACGAAUUUUAAUAAAUAAGAUAAUUAACGAUUAACGAUGAUUAAUUAAACAUAUGGGUAUAUUAUAUAUACAUGGAUGGUAUGUCGUAUGUAUAUGUGUACAUAUAUACACUUUAUACUGGCGCAAAAAAAGUAUGUGUGUAUGUAUAUGCAGUAUCCGAAAAAAGAGCGCGCGUACAGUAUUGGCGCUAAUUCCGAGAUAUUUCUCUCGCGACGAUUGAUUGUUGUAUAAGAGAUGAGCAAGAGAUAAGCAAGAAGAAGAAGAAGAAGAAGAAGAAGAAAAAGAAAAUAUAGAAACAUAGAAAUGUAACAAUACGAUUCUUGUCCAAAUUUGUAAACAUAUAAAUUUCAAUCGUCGAUCGUCGAUCGAUUAGCUCGCCAUACUGUACGUGCGCUAUGCAUUACGCGUAUUAUUUAUACUUACAUGCAUCCAAAACGAAAAAAAAGGAAGGAGUCGUCCGCGAAAUCGGAGACAGACUGUGUAUUAGUUGAUAGGUAUUAAUCUAUGGACUAUGGCCGAGCGCGAGGCCAGCUCGAUGUGACGGUUGUGUUGAGUGUGCGUGCUUCCCCUCCUUGGUCUCCAGCUCAUUGUUCCAUUUUACCAUUAAUCGUUCGUUCUCAUCGUCGUGCAUCCAUCACCUGAUGUUCAUCACUUGAUCAUUGUCGCGCAAUUCAUAUUCAUCAGAAAAAGAUUACCCAUUGUCCUCGUGUCAUCAUUACCUCUCUUUGUAUUACAUGUAGUAAAGAUGUCCACUAUCGACGCCUCUUCUACUCUUUCUCAUCAUUCCUAAGAAAUCACAUUGUGCCACUCUCUCUUCUCCCUUGUAAUGCUUCAACGCCUCCGUCGUCAUGUUGUUGUCACUCUUAAUUAUUGUAAUAUAUAAUGAAUAACGAUCACUGUUGAGUAUUGUCUGAUUGUAAUACAUUGAUAUUGAAUUGAUAUGAAUUGAUAAUCAUUAAUUAAAGCGUAACAUUAAACUUUGUGGAUGUAGCUAUAUUGGUAUGGAUGAAAGUUUAAAACGGUUGAUGCAAGUGAGAGAAGGCAUGAUCGAAAGCCGUUCGCGAUAAGCAGCACUCAAAAAUAAAUUUUGUUCUAGGAACAUUUUACCUACGCGCCAUUUUCAAUGGAACCUCGAAUGUUCGUUUUUAAUCUAUAUAUAUAUAUAUAUAUAUAUAUAUAUAUAUAUCAUAGAAAGAGGGAUCAACAACGGUAUCAUCAUUUUCCAAAAUAUUUCACUAGAAAUCGUCAGAACUUUCACUACGUUUCUUCCAAUUUAAUCGUAUGUUUAACGUAUUUUACAAACGUUAAAUAAAAUAUUGCAAACGCACAUCGAAACUGAAUGAAGUCACGUAAGAUUUUUCAAAUCCGCGUAGGUUAAUUUCGAUAUUACGAAAUAUCGAUAUUACGAAAUAUCGAUAUUACGAUCGAAAAAAGAAUUCAUAUCGUCGAAGGUGUUCGAAUUGGAGCAACCUUCAGAGUUCUGUCGAUGCGGACGGCUAGUAGCGAAUGAGUGUUGUUCGUGUGUGCGUGAGUGUGUCCCGUGCGUCAAUUCAAUGUGCAGUUGUCAGUGGAGAAAGUAUUUAUUGCUCAAAAAACAUCGGAAGACCGUGUGUGGAAAGGUAAGGCAGCAGGGAAAGAUGCGGAGUUGGUAGGCUACGGGAAAGGAACGGGGGAGGGGGAAUGGAUGGGUACGUAAAUAAAAGCGAUGAACGUACGUGUAAUAUGAAGAUGAAGAAAAAAAAAAAUGGAUCACAGACAGGGUACUCCGCCAAGUCGAGAAAUACUAAAAAAGAAAAAAAAAAAGCGAAAGAAAUUCACGUCGUUCAAUCGCUGUAUCAUUUGCAAACGACAAAAAGAUAAAUAAAUAAAAAAAGACAAAGGACUCGUAGCGCCCUCCCCCGCGCACGCCGACUUCAAAUGGUACUAAUAAACCCAAAGUGCCUCUGGUAGAUUUUUGGGCAUAAGCUUGAGUAAUAAAGACUACAUAGCGUUUAUUAUAAAAGCACGACUACGACGCGAUCGCUGAUUGUAAUAAAACGAUGAUAAUAAUAAUUAAAAAAAAAAAAAAGAAGAAAAAAAAAAG